AUGGGAACACUUGGAAUUAAAAUGGCAUUGUUUUGGCAGGAGCUCAAUGUUACAACAACACAAGAAUUGAAGGUUUUGUCUUGUAGGUGGUUGGAAGGGCAAAUGAUGUUUUCCCAUACCCUUUGGGUUCUUCUUAUCCAAUUAUCUGUGCUUUUCUGCAAUAUGAUGGAAUGCAGUGAGGCAAAACAUGACUAA